AUGUCAUUCUUAAACACGAUUCGAGGAUUUGGCAGAAGUUCCAAAAAGAACAAAAAGGACUUGGAUCCCAAUGCCCCCUUGUACGCCCAUCCCAAUACCUCGGGUUCUCCUUUGCGGAGAUCACAGUCGCCUUCCAAAGUAUCAUCACCAACAAAGCAAAAAAUGAACAGCCAAAUACAGUUUGCACCACAGUCGCCCACCAAACGAAAUCGAAUCACCCAUCCCGGAUCACAGCUGCCCAAAAGACAUUCACAGACCACCAUGCAAUCCACGCCGAGCGUCCACGACGAGGGCCAGGUACCACCAUUGUUCUUGUGUGAGCCGUUCGUGAAGACUGCGUUGGUCAAGGGUUCCUUCAAGACCAUCGUCCAGUUGCCCAAGUACGUGGACUACGGCGAGUGGAUUGCGCUCAACAUCUUCGAAACCUUCAACAAUUUGAACCAGUUCUACGGAGUCAUUGCUGACUACGUCACUCCCGAAGAGUACCCCUCCAUGAACGCAGGACCAAACACAAACUACUUAUGGGUGGACUCCAACGGCCAAGCAGUCAACUUACCAGCAGGUCAGUACAUCGACUUCGUGUUGACCUGGAUCUCCACCAAGUUGAACGAUCAGUCAGUCUUUCCCACCAAGAAUGGUGGUGCUUUCCCACCCAACUUCUUGAAGGACUGUAAAAACAUAUCAAGACAGAUGUUCAGAAUAUUUGCCCACAUUUAUCACAACCAUUUCGAGAAGAUCGUCCACUUGUCUUUGGAGGCCCACUGGAACUCGUUUUUUGCACACUUCAUCAGUUUUAUCAAGGAAUACAAUCUAAUUGACAGAUCUGAGUUAGAACCAUUGUUGCCAUUGAUAGAAAACUUGGAGCAACAGGGAAAGAUUGCAUAA